AUGACUGGCGCCGGCAAUGCCCCGCCCAUGAUGGUUCCCGCCAAGGCCGUCUACAUGGUGCGGGACCUCCGCCGACUGACCAAAUUUCACAAGAUUCCUUUUGCAAUGCGACCAGACUUUCCGCAGUUUGCAAUGGAGUUUGGCAGCAUUCGCUCGCAGCGUUUCCUACUCGCUGCUCAGGAGCUUCUAAAGUCGGAGCAAUCGGAAGCUGGUCGGGAGCAGGAAGAGGCGCUCAUUCGCCGCUUCUUUCAGGCCUUCUUCUCGCCGACCGAGCCCAGCGCCGACAUCUCCAACCUGGAGGCGAUUCAGUCGCUGGCGCUGAGCACUGGCGCUGACGCCGGCCUGGUGGCACAGGCGGCCAAGGACUGCUCCGGUGACCCGGUGAAGGCGAAGCUGCGGGCGAACACCGACGCGGCCAGCGCUCUGGGCGGCUUCGGCCUGCCCAUCACCGCCGUUCACCUGCCGGAGAAGGUCGGAGGGCCGCAGGCAAUCUGGGGCUGCGACCGAAUGCACAUUGUCGGCCAUCUGCUGGGCGAGA